AUGGACGAGAAGUACGCCAAGUACAAAACAUUCCCCCCACGCCCGGCAGGUUCGCCGGUGCGGCCCCACGCGCGGAGGGCAGGGCGGUUCCGGCCCCUGUUGGCGCUGACGCUGGUCGUCAUCUGCCUCUACGUGUACGCGAGGCCCUCGUCGGUGCUGAGCCCGCUGCCGGACAUCUCGUCGCGCCUCUCCAGCACGCUGCAGGCGGCGGCCCCGGCCCCCGGCUCUGGCUCUGACGCGAAUGCCGCCCUGGUGCCGCUCGAGGCGCAUAUCAUGUCCAAGUGCCCGGACGCCAGGGACUGCCUGCAGAAGCUGGUCCUGCCCGCCAUGGUGCGCGUCUUCGACAAGGUCAACUUCACCCUGUCCUUCAUCGGCACGCCUACCGAGAACGACGGCGUCGCCUGCAUGCAUGGGCCCGAGGAGUGUCUUGGUAACAUCAUGUUGCUCUGUGCCGAAGACCUGUAUCCCGACCCGAAGACCUACCUUGGAUUCUCCAUGUGUCUGAUCAAGGACUACCCACACAUCCCGCAGAGGAGUCUCAUCGAGGACUGCGCGCUGGAGCAUGCCAUUGACUUCAAGAAGCUGGACGAAUGCGCGAGCAAGGACGACGGCGCCUGGGGAGUCGAGAUGCUCCGUAACAGCGUCCGCCGAUCUUCAGAUCAUGGGUCCUAG